AACACUUCAGAUUUUUCCUUUGCAGCGCAUGAUUUACACAAAUGAAUCAUGUUUUGCUGCGUGGUGUAAUGCAGCGCCACAAAGCGAGUGUGGAGGUAAAGCAGGUGAUUGGAACUUUGUGUAAAUUACUGACGGCUACCGGACUUCAACAUGUCCCGACGCCGGAGACGUUUAGACGGGCGAAGUUUGGCGAAGUCGACGUGGAGGAUCGACUCUGGCAGCUGCUAGCCAACAUCCUCCAGACGACAACUGUGUCCUCUGCUGGCUGCACACAGAUGAUAAACGUCACCGCUGAGCAUAGGAUGCUGGUGAGCACAGGCCUGUGGCAGAGUGGUUACUAUGCUGGCUGGAUGUAUGGGAGGGCGGUGGGAGGAGUCUCUAGUCGGGAGCUCCUUCUGGCACUUGGCUGGGUACUUGCUGCUGGAACGCUAGAGAAACUUCUGACCCAACGUGUACAACAACUGGACAAAACACUACUCCCGCCCAUACUUAUGCAAGUUGAGAUUCCUCUUGAUCCCCUGGUCGAGUGCAGCUCAGUGAGAAGACUUCAGUGGCUCAUUGGUUGCCUGAAACACCAGGGACGGAUACUGCUGUCCAUGCACGAUGAGCGAGCCGCUUUGUUACAUACUGUUUUUUCUACAAGCCUACCUUCUGGAUUAUCUUCCUCGGGUCAAACUUGUACAGCACUGAAUGAGACAUGCAUUGGUGUACAGGAGCUUUGUGACCUUCUUGGAUUGUACCUAAAGUGGAAGCAGGUGGAAAAUGUUUUCUGGACCUGGAUGGACAGUGUGGUAGAUUACCAUGUGAAGGACGCUGUCGCUGAGAGGCCUACGCAAAUUGUCACGAGAGCUGCAGACGCUUGCCACCCUGGACAACUGGCUGUCGGCAAACUGGAGGACGUAUUGCUGAGACUGAAAACAGUGCAGAAAGGACAGAAGACUGGGAGAGGGGACGUUAAGGACAGAAAAUGCAGACUUCAGGAUACCUUGGACACUGACAUGUGUUAUCUUGAAUCUUUCCCUCCCCUGCUGUCUGUCUCUCAGCCAUACAGAGCCAGAUUCCAACCUGAGAAGACGGUCAACAGUUGCUCAGUUAAGACUUUACAUGGUAUGGUUAAGGAGACAAAUGAGCUCCCAGUGUCUCAGGUUAUAGAGCUGCUCACUCACACGGAGCGACAGCUGCUGGAGGGGAGGGACACACAGAGACUGGCGAACAGGAUUCAGCUGCAGGAGAUGAUUGGCAGACUGAACGAACUUGUGCUUAUAACGCCGUAAAUAUAAUUUCUUUGUGUUCAGCACAUUACUUUGACGUGCCUUAACAUAUGAUGGAUGUUUUAGGCUAAGAAAAUAAGGGUUAUUUUCCAUAUAAUUUGAUCAAUAAUGGUAAAGACAUGGCCCACUGAAUUUCUUUUUGAAAGGAGUUAUCCAUCAAAAGGUCUGUUUCUAAGAGAAAAAAAAUCUAAAGUAAUAUUUUUCCAAAUUUUUAAUGCCAAAAUGUUUUUACCGUUAGGUGCCUGAAAUGAAGUUUCAUUAUUUGCAACGUUUUCUGAAGAUUCUAAUUUGAUUUAUUGAUAUAGGAUCUUUGUUGUAUUGCUUAAUAUGCCCUUUUGGUGAAAACUUAACACAUUCAUCUUCGUGUCUUCAGAGUUUUGCAUUCACACACUAGCAGAUAGAAAAAUAAAUGGUGUUAUUUCUGA